AUUUCUUUUCAACAUCAAAUUUCACUUGCACACCAAAAAUAUAUAUGGUACUACUAUAAAUACAUAUCUUUAAUCAUAAUUUCUUUCUAAAUCUUUAAUUCGGUUUUUCUCAACUAGGAGAGUUUCAGUUGCAGCAAUUGGGUGAUCAUCAUCAAAACAAAAACCUUAAAUUCUUGGUUCCAGAAAACAAAAAAAAACAUGGUUCUUUGAAACUUCAAAAACCUCGCAUGUUAUGGAUCUAGAAGGUGGAACUCGUCGAAAUUCUUCAAAGAAAGAUUCAUGGAGAACAGUUCUAACACUAGCAUAUCAAAGUCUUGGAGUAGUUUAUGGAGAUUUAAGCAUUUCACCUUUAUAUGUGUUUAGAAGUACUUUUGGUGAAGGAAUUGGACACUCAAAUACAAAUGAAGAGAUUUAUGGUGUUUUGUCUCUGGUGUUUUGGUCUGUUACAUUAGUUCCUUUGGUUAAAUAUGUGUUCAUAGUGUUAAGAGCUGAUGAUAAUGGUGAAGGAGGCACUUUUGCACUUUACUCUUUGUUGUGUAGAUAUGCUAAAGUUAAUUCUCUUCCUAAUUGUCAAUUGGCUGAUGAAGAAUUGUCUGAGUAUAAGAAAGAUGGUUGUGGUGGUGGUGUUUCAAAUGGUAAAGGAUUUGCCUUUAGGCUUAAGUCUACACUUGAGAAAAGGAAGGUUUUGCAGAAGUUUUUGCUUGUUCUUGCUUUGAUUGGAACUUGUAUGGUUAUUGGUGAUGGUGUCCUUACACCUGCUCUUUCAGUUUUCUCAGCCAUAUCAGGAUUUGAGCUUUCAAUGUCCAAGGAACAUCACGCAUAUGUAGAAGUUCCAGUUGCAUGCAUCAUAUUGGUAGGCUUGUUUGCGCUUCAACAUUUUGGCACUCAUCGAGUCGGCUUCAUGUUUGCUCCAAUAGUUAUGGCAUGGCUAUUUUGCAUCAGUGCCAUUGGAAUAUAUAAUAUAUUCCACUGGAACUCUCAGAUAUACCGCGCACUCUGUCCAAUUUAUGCGUUUCGAUUUAUGAGGCAAAAUCAAACUGGAGGUUGGAUGGCUCUUGGUGGAGUUUUGCUGUCCAUAACAGGGUCAGAAGCCAUGUUUGCUGAUCUUGGACACUUCUCACAAUUAUCAAUCCAGAUUGCUUUCACUUCUGUGGUUUAUCCAUCUUUAAUUCUUGCAUAUAUGGGACAAGCUGCAUAUCUAUCAAGGCAUCAUGAUACUGAGCAUGCUUAUCACUUUGGGUUUUAUGUAUCUGUUCCAGAGAAAUUGAGAUGGCCUGUUCUGGUGCUUGCUGUAUUUGCUGCUGUUGUUGGAAGCCAAGCCAUCAUAACUGGAACAUUCUCAAUUAUCAAGCAAUGUUCUGCAUUAAAUUGCUUCCCAAGAGUUAAAGUGGUUCACACAUCAUCCAAAAUUCACGGGCAGAUAUAUAUCCCUGAGAUCAAUUGGCUAUUGAUGAUCUUGUGCUUGGCUGUUACAAUUGGUUUCAGAAACACACAGCAUCUCGGCCAUGCCUCAGGUUUGGCAGUUAUCACAGUGAUGCUGGUAACCACCUGUUUGAUGUCACUGGUUAUUGUACUAUGCUGGCACCAGAAUGUUUUCUUUGCACUCGCGUUUGUUCUCUUUUUUGGCACCAUUGAGUCUGUCUUCUUUUCAGCUUCUCUUACCAAGUUUCUACAAGGAGCAUGGGUGCCGAUUGCAUUGGCAUUUGUUUUUAUAACUGUCAUGUAUGUCUGGCACUACGGCACGCACAAAAAGUACGAAUUUGAUGUUCAAAACAAGGUUUCCAUCAACUGGCUGCUUGGCAUAGGUCCAAGCAUAGGCAUCGUACGAGUGCGUGGUGUUGGCCUUAUACAUACAGACCUAGUAUCCGGAAUUCCUGUCAUCUUUUCCCACUUUGUGACCAACCUUCCAGCUUUCCAUCAGAUCCUAGUCUUUCUCUGCAUCAAACAUGUGCCCGUUCCGCACGUUAGACCCGAGGAAAGAUUUCUAGUCGGCCGUGUUGGUCCGCGGAAUUUCAGAAUCUAUCGUUGCAUAGUGCGGUAUGGAUACCGCGAUAUCCACAAAGAUGAUGUUGAGUUUGAGAACGAUCUCUUAUGCAGCAUAGCUGAAUUCAUACGCACAGGGAGCAUCGGAAUAUCUUCAAAUGACGAGGUCGAAAAACAUGACAAAAUGACAGUUGUUGGGACAUAUUCUUCACAAACCAUUUUGAGGUGCAGCGAUAAUAAUUCGGAUAAUAAUGUUGAUAAUGUCGACUCGGAAGAGACGUCAUCAGAACUUAAGGAGAUAAAAUCGCCACAGGUGAAUCAACAGAAGAAAAAGGUGAGGUUUUUGGUACCUGAGAGCCCUAAGAUUGAUACAGAAGCAAAGGAAGAGUUAGAAGAAGUGAUGGAAGCAAGAGAAGCUGGAAUAGCUUAUAUUAUAGGACAUUCUUACAUGAAGGCUAAACCAGGGUCUAGUACUAUAAAGAAAAUAGCUAUUAAUUUUGUGUAUGAAUUUCUAAGAAGGAAUAGUAGGGCACCAUCCUUUGUACUUGGUGUACCUCAUGCAUCAUCACUAGAAGUUGGUAUGAUGUAUCAAGUUUAACUUUUUUGGUUUCACAAAGCAUAGAAUUCUCAAUGUACAUAAUUUUCUUGUUAUAUAGUUUAGUCAUAAGGCCACACACCACCUCUCAAAUGGUGAUAUAUAGAUAGUGUACAAGUUUUGGUCAGUUUUGUUUUGUCCCUUUGUCACUUAUAAAAAAAUGUGUAUAGAGAUUGCUAUUCAUGAUGUCAAA